UUUUCUCUACUCUGUUUCUGCUGCUCUCUCUCUCGCCAUUUUUAUCUUUCCUACUUUUCCCCCCAAAAUUCUGUCGAAUUUGCGGUUUCUACCAACUUCUCUGGGAAGAUGUUUGCGGCAACGAAGCUCCGGUCGCCGGUUAAACCGGCGGUUGGGCGAGCGAUUCUCGGUCCGACCGGCAAUCGGUUUAGGGUUUCAGAGGAGCUGAGGAGGAAAACGGAGAUCGCGAAGAAGAAGACGCCGCCGUCGCAGCAGCCGCAGCAGCGGCGCAUGAAAUCAGUGGCGGGGAUGCCUGAUUCCGCCGUGAGGACCGACUUCUCCGUCGAUAGCUCCUCCUCUACCGAUUCAUCUUCAUCGGCUUCGGACCGUUCGCCGGUGAAAAUUUCCGUAGUGCCUGGGAGAGCUCCGACAAGAACUAACGGCGUUAUGAGGUCCGUUAAGGCCAUCACUGACGGCGUCACUGAUGGUUCCCCCAGAAUUUUGGGGCCGGUUAAGAGGUGCGAUUGGAUCACGCCUAAUUCCGAUACACUAUACGCCUCUUUCCAUGACGAGGAGUGGGGAGUGCCUGUGCAUGAUGACACAAAACUGUUUGAGCUUCUUGUGUACUCUCAAGCAUUAGCAGAGCUCAGUUGGCCUUCAAUCCUCCACAAGAGAGAGAUCUUCAGGAAGUUCUUUGAUGAUUUCAAUCCAUCAUCCAUAGUGCAAUUCUCCAUGAAGAGAUUGCUGUCUCUCAAAGUCGACGGAGCUCUCAUAUUAUCGGAACAAAAACUGCGUGCUAUAGUAGAAAACGCGAAAUCGGUUCUCAAGGUCCAGCAAGAGUUUGGAUCCUUCAGCAACUACUGCUGGAGAUUUGUGAAGGAUAAGCCGUUAAGGAACGGAUAUCGCUAUGGCCGUCAAGUGCCCGUUAAAUCACCAAAAGCGGAGUUCAUUAGCAAAGAUAUGAUGCAAAGAGGGUUCUGUUGCGUUGGACCGACGGUCGUCUAUUCCUUCUUGCAGGUUGCUGGCAUUGUGAACGAUCACCUCACGACAUGCUUCAGAUACCACGAAUGUGUAGAUCAAGAAUCAAGAGCCCAUAAAACCGUCGAUGGCGAGAACCCGUCUCUAACCUCGGGACAGUAGUAGACACAUUCUUCAUUUCUAGAUCGAUUAUCGAUACGGGAAAUCGCCAAAACAAAGAUUGAAAAGAUGCAGUGUUGAAUGUAGCAUUUGUAGUUGUUCAUUUCUAGUUCGCCUAACUAGAGACUGAUGUUUGGAACUGGAGAUUCAGACCAGGAAAUAACAUAAAAUUUGUAAAGGCAUCA